GGGAGCACGGCGUGCUCCCAACUCUUAUAGAUCUUGGGCGUGCUGAGCACGCCCAAGAUCCUUCCAGUGGAGACCAACCACAAUCGCCGGCUCCAUGAGCGCACGCUCUUCGUGCACCAAGCGGAUCAGCCACACGGGUGGCGAUGGGUGGAGUACGAUCCCGAUGGCGAAAAUGCAGCGAAGGAAACCGAAGGGAGAAGGGCCGAUGAAAGAUCGCGAGCUCUUGAUUCGAGAAGACUUGCAUAGAUUGACGACUCGAGCUCAACCUAGCCGACAAUUGACAUCCGAGUGUGCUCGAAUCAAGAUGUCGAAGAUUGGUCUCUCUCCUCCCUCGUCCGAUAGCAAUGUACCCAGUGCUUAAGUACAUUCCGAUGCCAGAAUUACCGCAUAAGUCCAUAAAGUCACGCACCUUGAUCUGCAAGAUGCAAUGCGGCAGGCCCGUGCUGACAAAUUCUCGAGGGUGCUUGCUGGGUGCAGAGAUCAAGGGUUUCCAUUAUAAACUUGACUCUCCUUUUCUCCAAAGCACACAUGCAUUAUCAUGCAUGAAAUACGACAACCUGUAUCACCCGGUGAUUUUCUUAGGCCAACUACAGUUUACCUUAAGGUGAAUGAUUGCUAUUUUAACUUUGCUCUAUCUCCAAACCUUCCAUGGAAUCAGUUGACAUGUAUUCAUGAAAGAUACACAUUUCUUUUAUCGUUGUUUAGGCGAACAUUCUUGUGUGGAGGACUAUCUUCUUGCACCCGAGAAGUGUGCUCUUCUAUAAGUAUGUAUGAUGACCAGUGAAGAUAAACAAGAAGAAUCCAUGAGCCACUUUG